AUGUUCAUCAACAAUGAUGAAUCAAAUCAUCCAGCUACUCUUGAUUAUCACUCAUUGUUAACCAUGGCUACACGCGCAUCAUCAUCAUUGUCAGCAAUAACACUUCUUCAACAACGUCAAGAAAUACCUCGUGUUAAAAAAUUAUCUAAUAGUCAUUGUAUACAUAAAUAUACAAGUACAAAUACAACUGAAAUAGAAUAUCCAGAUGGUACACAUAUAUAUGAAUUUCCAAAUAGACAAAUUGAAAAACAUUUACCUGAUGUACAACAAGAACAUAUAUUUAUUUAA